GCUACUGACUUUGUGGUUUGACUAUGGUCACAUCUCUGAGGUUCAUGAAGCUCUUGAGGAAGGAAUCAAAACAGUGGAUAUUGAAAACUGGCUCCAGGUCAUUCCCCAGUUGAUAGCUCGUAUAGACUCACCUCGUAGACUGGUCUCCAAACUGAUUCAUGAGCUACUCACUGAUGUAGGACGACACCAUCCUCAGGCUCUAAUCUACCCAUUGACAGUAGCUGCUAAGAGUCAGAGCACAGUGAGACGUGAUGCUGCUGACAUGAUACUGAGUAACAUGCGUGAGCACAGCUCUGAUCUGGUUCAACAAGCAGUGAUGGUAUCAGAGGAGCUGAUAAGAGUGGCUAUACUCUGGCAUGAGCAGUGGCACGAGACAUUAGAGGAUGCCUCAAGGAUGUACUUUGGUGAGCACAAUGUUCAAGGAAUGUUCAAGGUCCUAGACCCACUCCAUCAAAAGUUGGACAAAGGCCCAGAGACACUUAAAGAAAUCUCCUUUAAUCAC